GUUUUUGCGUUGGAGGCGCCAUUGUUGUGGCUGAGAGGUGGUGUCGGUUUGAAUUUGUGGGAUCUGCCUCAGAUUUGACAUUAGUGCCGUCCUUAUGCAUCACUUUAUAACUUGAGUGGUUAUUUAUUAUUUUUUCUAGUGUGGUUUAUAAUGAGGUGUAGUGAUGACUGAGUGUUAGAAAGCUGCAGUGCGAAAAUGUAUCUGAGAAACGCUGACGGGCCUAUCGAUUCGAGCUGAGCCUAGGAAGCCACCUGCCAGGAAACCGGCCUGUCUACUGUGCCGUCUGUCCGGAGCGCUGAUUCUGCGUUCCUGCAUUUUCGUCGCCCCUUCCCUCACCUCCUUCCCUCCCCUUCCCCCACCUCUUUCUCUCCCCUUCCCCCACCUCUUUCUCCCAACCCCCCACCUCCUUCUCCCAACCCCCCACCUCCCCAGUCCUCGCAUCCUAUCCCAUUUAUUUCCCAUUUAAUCCCUCAGCUAUUCGAGCAAAAGUCGUGGAUCACACUUGCUCCUGAGGAGUAUUGCCGAGGAAAAAGAGGCGCAGCUCUGUUGGUACUAGGGCCUUGUGUGUGUUGUGUAUAUUUUUACUCCACCACUAAUACGAGUGACCUUUUUCGUUUUAAAAACAAACUCCCUCUCAAUCUUAGCUAAAAAAUAAACGACAUUUAGAGCUGCUACCGAAGACCGUAUUUGUGGGCGAGAUCGUUGGAACAGGAUUUUCCGAAGGAAGGAAGUCAAGAAACAAAUGUGGAUCCGAUUCCUUUUAGUUUAAAAAAAACUGUGCCGAGACAUACUGCAUUGCGGCUUUGUAAUUAAAAGGAAGAGGGAAAAUAAACUGAAUAUUUUUGAACUCUUUACCUUGGGAAAUAAAUCCUUUGGACUUCGUACAGUUUCUUGGACAUUUAAACUAUACCAUUGACUUUUGAACUAUCCGGUUUAUUAGUGAGUAAAACAGCUAGUAUUUAAUUUUGUGCAAUGUGCAUUUGAAAGCCAGUUAUUUCCUGACUUUACCAUCCAGUAUAGUGUUUUUUAUAAACUUGCUUAAAUACAACAAAGUCUAAAUACUUGAAUUUCAAAUAUUAAAUUGUGAAAAAGAGGACUUUUUUGUUUUUGUGUUUUGCAGUGGUAAAAGGGUAAAACUUUUUUGUGGGUAAGGCUUGUCCCAUUCAAAAAAAACAAAAAUGUCGUGUGUACAUUACAAAUUUUCUUCUAAACUGAACUAUGACACGGUCACUUUCGAUGGGCUUCAUAUUUCUUUGAGUGAUCUAAAGAAGACGAUCAUGGCCAGAGAGAAGCUGAAGGCGGCAGAUUGCGAUUUACAGAUCACCAACGCACAAACUAAGGAAGAAUAUACAGACGAUAAUGCUUUAAUCCCCAAGAAUUCAUCUGUGAUUAUAAAAAGGAUUCCAAUUGGAGGUGUGAAAUCUGCUGGCAAAACAUUUGUCAUAGAUCGUUCUGAACCAGCAAGUGGAGCAUCGAAAGCAUUUUAUCCUUUUGCUCACGGAGGCAGCAGGGGAAGGCAAGAGAAAGAGGUUACAGACCUAGUUGCCAGACUUCAGGGAAAGCUCAGCGAGACUCAAUGCAUGUACACUAACUGUGCAUAUUCUGAAAGAAUGUUUACUCAGAUUGAUGACUCUGGAACAUCUAUCUCUCUGGCCCAGCUUACAAAGUGAAUGCCGGAUGGGUUAUUUCACCUCUGAUGGCUUUGAACAUCUCUCCAGUAAAGAAGGUGGUAGAAGAAUGAAAAGCCCCAGAUCACUGGAUACCGUGAUUGGUACGAAGGUUCUCGCCUUUAGCACCAUCAAAUCAGUGUAUGGCUGUAAACAAAAAGACUGUUACCUCAGCAAUUCGGCUAGGAAAUAAAAUCUACCUCUGUUAUUGAAACUAUAAAUUUUGUGUGUAAAUUUUUCCUGAAUUUUAUAGCAAUGUCUGCAAUCGAUUUAACCGUGAAUUAAGUGUAUGCCAAUCCCCUAUGUUGUAUUGACCCAUGCAUAGCUUAGCAUUGACCAUGUAAAUGUAAACUGUUAAAUACAAUAAACUAUAUUCUCUAAGACCAUA